UACUAUAAAGCUGCAGUGUUUGUUUGUAGGGCUCGAGUGAUGGCUGGAGCGGUGAUGGAGCUGAGCAGCGGCCACAAGAUGCCGGCAUUGGGGUUGGGCGUGUGGCGAGCGGAGCCGGAGGUGCUCAAGGAGAUCAUCCCGCGGGCGCUGGAGCUGGGGUAUCGCCAUUUCGAUUGCGCUGCCGACUACAAGAACGAGGCCGAGGUUGGCGAAGCUCUGGCGCUCGCGUUCAAGCAGGGGCUUGUCAAGCGGGAGGAUGUUUUCAUCACAACCAAGCUGUGGAACUCCGAUCACGGGCAUGUGAAAGAAGCGUGUCUGGAUAGCUUGAAGAAGCUGCAGCUGGACUAUUUGGAUCUUUACCUCAUACAUUUCCCGGUGGCGACAAAGCACACAGGUGUUGGGACGACGGGCAGUGCAGUAGGCGAGGAUGGUAUGCUGGAAAUCGACGUGACCAUUUCUUUGCAAUCGACCUGGCACGCCAUGGAGGAGCUUGUGGAAGCUGGUAUCGUUCGCAGCAUUGGGAUAAGCAACUAUGACAUAUUUUUGACGGCGGACUGUCUGGCCUACUCCAAGAUCAAGCCGGCAGUGAACCAGAUUGAGACCCAUCCUUACUUCCAGAGGCACGAUCUUGUCAAAUUUUGCCAGAAGCACGGCAUUGUUGUCACUGCCCACACUCCUCUUGGUGGCGGCGCUGCAAACGAGGAGUGGUUUGGAUACAAAAGUCCUCUGGAAGAUCCGCUCUUCCUGGAACUGGCAAAGAAGUAUGAAAAGACUCCGGCCCAAGUUAUGCUGCGAUGGGGUCUUCAAAGGAACACAAACGUGAUACCGAAGUCGAGCAAGGCCAAGCGUUUGGAAGAGAACAUCGACAUCUUUGAUUUCCAGCUCUCUCACGAAGAAAUAAAGAAGAUCAGUCAGGUGGACAAGAAGCUCCGAAGCAACCAGCCUGCAAGGUUCUGGGGGAUCGAUCUCUAUGCUUGAUCUCCUUCCUCGGCUUGUUCCAAAAUUUUUAGUAUACGCCGGACUUGUUUGAGCACAUUACUGAUGCCUUCUCGUUUCCUGAAAAAAGAAAAAUAAAAACUUUGAGUACGUCUUUGAGCAGUU